AUGGCAUCUCAUCGUGCUGAUGCCAGUCAGUUCCUUGACAACCGAGGCUACAGUGGCCCACUCAUUCGUGGUGUCAAUCCUGUCACCCUGUUUGAGAAAGCCGUCCGCGACCGCAUCACAGACUCAUACUACUGGAAGGAACAGUGCUUCGGUUUGAACGCAGCAACUCUCUGCGAUCGCGCUUCCGAGUUAACAUUCGUCGGUGGUACUUACGGUGUCUCUGAGAAGCCCUCGCCAUUCCUCUGCCUCGCCUUCAAGCUCCUACAACUCAAUCCCGAACGAGACGUCAUCCUCGAAUACCUCAACUUCAGUGAUCCAGGCAGCGACGGCGAGGAUGAGGACGCCCCGAGCAGUAUCUUACAGUCUCGUGGUGACUUCAAGUAUUUGCGCGUACUAGCGGCAUUCUAUGUGCGACUUACCUUCUCCGCGGCCGACGUGUACAAAACCCUGGAGCCAUUACUUCUCGACUACCGGAAACUGAAGCGACGAGUGCGAGACUCGUUCACUUUGACAUAUAUGGAUCAAUUUGUCGACGAACUCCUUACCAAAGACCGUGUCUGCGGUACUAGUUUGUGGAAAUUACCGCCGCGUUCGCAAUUGGAAGACUUGGAUCUGCUUGAUGAGCGGAUUAGUCCCUUGGCCGACGAGUUAGAGGAGCUUGACCAAGACAGCCAAGAUGAAGAAAAAAGAGAGCGUGAUGAUCGUAACGAUCGUGAUGACCAGAGUGAGCGCAGUGAUGGCGAAGUAUCGAGCUCAAAAGAUGACAACCGCGACUGA